AUGGGGAUUCUGCAGAAAGCCACUCUGUAUAUGGUUAUCCUUCUCCAAGGAGCCCUGACCACAGUAGCAACGCAGGAUGACCUCCGCUACGUCAACCCGCUGAUCGGGUCAACCAAUGGCGGCAACGUCUUUGCAGGGGCAAGUCUGCCAUACGGUAUGGCGAAACCAGUUGCCGACGUCGACGGUCAAAACACUGGAGGUUUUUCGACUGAUGGAAGUAAUGUCACUGGUUUCUCGCAUAUGCAUGACAGCGGCACAGGCGGGAACCCAUCUAUGGGGAAUUUCCCUUUGUUUCCCCAAUAUUGCAAGGAUAAUAUCGUGGACAAUUGCAAAUUUCCCAAAGCUGCUCGCGCGACUCAUUACAAAAACGACUCCGUGGUUGCACAGCCUGGUUACUUUGCCUUGACACUUGAGAAUGGCAUCAAGGCUGAGAUAACUGCGGCGCGGCGCACAGCGCUGUACCGGUUCACCUUCCCAGCGGGGCAGACGGCAGAUGGGAGUGAUUUAAAUCCUCUGAUCUUGGUGGAUCUGACUGAUCUAUGGGAUAGUCGGCAGAACGCUUCUAUCAGUCUGAACGCCGAUAGCGGUCGAAUCAAAGGCAAUGGCACUUUCUUGCCUAGCUUCGGGGCCGGCUCGUACAAGUCAUAUUUCUGUGCUGAUAUUGUGGACGCUGGGGUUGAUGACAGUGGGAUUUGGGUGAAUGACCGAGCCGGAUCAGUACAGGAGUUGUUCGUCACUCGUGGAUUCAAUAACUUCUACCUCCAGGCUGGUGGUUAUAUGACCUUUGAUCGCCCGGACGAUGGAAUCGUCACAGUGAGGGUAGGGGUCAGCUUUAUCAGUUCAGAUCAAGCCUGCAAAAACGCCGAAACGGAGGUACCCCAUCCAGAAGAUGCUUUCAAUGAUCUGCGCAAGAAGGCAGAGACUGCAUGGAAGGAGAAGCUCAGUCCAAUCAAGGUCACACCAGGUGGUGUUAGCGACGAUAUGAUCAGCAGUUUUUGGAGCGGUAUCUAUCGCACCAUGUUGUCACCUCAAGAUUUGACUGGGGAGAAUCCACUGUGGAAAAGCGAGGAGCCGUACUUUGACUCAUUUUACUGCUUAUGGGACGCCUUCCGGUCACAGCACCCUUUUCUCACGAUUAUCGACCCACAGGCACAAUCGAAAAUGGUCCGUAGCUUGCUGGAUACCUUCAAGCAUGAAGGAUGGCUCCCGGAUUGCCGCAUGAGUCUUUGCAAAGGCUGGACGCAGGGUGGUUCUAAUGCCGACAUCGUCCUCGCAGAUGCGUAUGUGAAAAACCUCACUGGUAUAGACUGGGAGCUUGCCUACAAAGCUAUGGUCAAUGAUGCAGAGAAUGAGCCACUCGAGUGGUCAUACGAAGGAAGAGGAGGCUUGCAGAGCUGGAAACACCUCAAUUAUAUUCCAUAUCUGGAUUUCGAUUACAUUGGUUUUGGGACCAAUUCGCGGAGUAUCUCGAGGACACUGGAGUACGCAUACAAUGACUAUGCUCUGUCAGUUGUGGGCAAAGGCCUCGGCAAGAAAGACUACACUACUUACUUGUCUCGGUCUGCCAAUUGGCAGAACUUGUACAAAGAAGAUCAGAAGUCGCUAUUGGAUAACGGGACAGAUACCGGCUUUACUGGCUUCUUCCAGCCAAAAUACAUCAAUGGCACUUGGGGCUAUCAGGAUCCUAUUGCCUGCAGUGCUUUGGCAUCGUGGUGCUCUCUCACCUCAAACCCUUCAGAGACAUUCGAGUCCAGUAUCUGGGAGUACAUAUUUUUCGUACCCCACGAAAUGGCAAAGUUGAUCAAGAUGGUCGGCGGCCCACAAUCCUUCGUGUCUCGGCUGGACUACUUCCACACAUCUGGCUUGGCAGACAUGGGUAAUGAGCCAGUUUUCCUGACCGUGUAUGAUUACCACUAUGCCGGACGCCCGGGUUUGUCGGCCAGUCGAGCCCACGCUUACAUCCCAUCCUCGUUCAAUGCCACACAUAAUGGGCUACCUGGCAACGACGACUCAGGAGCCAUGGGAUCAUUCCUUGCGUGGAGCCUAAUGGGCCUCUUCCCGAAUCCCGGUCAAAAUGUAUACCUCAUUAUUCCUCCGUUCUUCGAGGCCGUCGCAAUCACUCAUCCUGAAACUAAACAAACGGCUACAAUUCGAAAUGUCAAUUUCGACAAAACCUACAAGAACAUCUAUGUCCAGAGUGCCAAGCUUAAUGGAAAGGCUUAUACCAAGAGCUGGAUUGGGCACGAGUUCUUCACCCAAGGUAUGACGCUGGAAUUGACACUUGGCGACAAGGAGAGUGAUUGGGGUACACGCAAGGAAGACUUGCCUCCAAGCUUGAGUGAUUCGGUUGUUGCAGAACACAAUGGAAUGUAG